AUUUCCAACCCCAACCCAGAUGUAUCCACCAUGAACAUGAUCAACAUGAACCUGAACCUGAAUCUGAACCGGCCUUACAACAACGCAUGCAGUUCAUCAACAACUGGUCUGCACCAAUUCUCAAUCCAUAAAAUGCCUCCCCGGAUCAUCCAAUUCCACACACACCCCUCAGAAAUAAAAACAUCAUCUUUAAUAUUUAGAAUUACCAUGUACUUCUCCAAAACCAAAACUGGCCCCAACCCCACUUCCGGCUACCGGGGGGUGCGGCGGAGGAGCUCCGGCAAAUGGGUGUCGGAGAUCCGGGAGCCCAGGAAACCCAAUAGGAUUUGGUUGGGGACAUUCCCUACGCCGGAAAUGGCCGCCGUUGCGUACGACGUCGCGGCGCUGGCUCUGAAGGGCCCCGACGCCGACCUCAACUUUCCGAACUCGGCGUCGUCGCUGCCCGUGCCUGCCUCCACCUCUGCACGUGAUAUUCAGGCUGCAGCCACCUCCGCCGCAGCGGCAAUAGGGGCGGCCGCGGCGGCCAUGGGGAUAGGGAUGAGGAUGGAUGGUAAUUCGCUGAGUAGUAAUGAAGGAAGUGGAAGUGGAAGUAGAAUGGAAGAAGAAGAAGAAUAUGGAGUUGUGGGGGAAUUUGGGGGAUUUGUGGAGGAAGAUAUGAUAUUUGAUAUGCCAAAUAUUCUGAUGAACAUGGCUGAAGGAAUGCUUCUUACUCCUCCUUCCUUCAACUUCAACAAUAAUCUAAAUCCUCCAAAUGAUCAUUUUGAUUAUGCUACAACCUAUGCACCUCAAGAUACCCUUUGGGAUUUCCCUUAGACAUCUCUCUCAUGUUUUAAUCCAAAAAUUUAGUAACUUUUAACACUGCAAAAUUCGAAAUACAGAUGUCUUUCGCUAAUAAACUAUCUUUACGUUGUUUGGAUUUA